CUGAAGUACUAUUACUCGAAAAGGAAUGACUCCACCGUAUCGAAGGAACGGCAAGGGCGGUGGGCUUUCGGCGGACAGGCGCUGGCGGAUGCCACUUCGAGACAUGCAUCCCCAUGCGACGGUACGACCCCCCUUGACAUCAUCCGACCAUCUUAUUCGAUACCCUGGUGGAGAUCAAUGCAACAGUGGGAUAGGAUGGGGGCAAUCUGGGAAGUAACCGGUGGUACUCAUCGAUACAUGGCGUUCAUACUUUUUUUGUAGGAGCACUCGAGCUGGACGCCUUCUACGAAAUCGAUCACGAAAAGCUUCCUCCCAAGUCCCCGAUCCAGCUGAAAGCCAUUCGAGUCGUAAAGGUGUGCGAGGCGACGAAGCUGGAAGUGACGGUGAGCUUUCCGAGCACUCUUGCGCUACGGAACUACUUCGCUCUUUCGCCGGAGCCCGGCCGCGAACCGGAGCUGGACGAGAGGUUCGUCAUGAGCUCGAACCAGGCCGCGAGGAUACUUCGGUUGCCUGUGCCGCCGUCUGAUUUGGAAGUACAGAAGCACUUACUUAGUUUCUGGCUGUCGAAUUCCAACCUGUACGAUUCUCCUCCAUUUAUAGGCCCCCCGGAAUCGGUAAUGGAGGUCGACGAGGUCGAUAAUCAAACAUCACUUUUAGGCCACUGCCUCCUGACCAUCAAGCAAACAGGCUUUGUCGGAUGGGGGAUACGAAGGAAGGUUAAGUACAUUGGGAGGCAGCGGGACAUUUCGUGGUCGUCGCCUGAGGAAGAGAAGGAGGAAGUGCAAGCGGACGAGGAACAGCUGCACUCUGAAAAGAAGAGAAAGCGCGAGGUCGUUGAGGAGGAGAGGAAGAAGAAUAAUAAGAAUAAAAGGGGAAAUAAGGGCGAGAAUAAGAAGGAGAAGAAGAAAAAGCCCCGGCGCGACAGGGACGACAAGAGGAGGUACGAGGAGAAGCAGCAACAGGGGAAGGGGACGAGGGACCGGUGGUCGUCGGAGAGGUACGAGGCGGCAGAGAUGAAGCUGCUGGAGAUCAUGAAGGAGAAGGGGGCGGAGCUCGGGAAGCCCAUAAUGCGGCAGGCGUUGAGGGAGGAGGCGAGGAAGCACAUCGGGGACACGGGCCUCCUGGACCAUCUGCUGAAGCACAUGGCGGGCAAGGUGGUGACCAACGGCACCGAGCGGUUCCGGAGGCGGCACAACUCGGAGGGCGCAAUGGAGUACUGGCUGGAGCCAGCGGACUUCGUGGAGGUCCGCCAGAAGGCUGGGGUGGCGGACCCCUACUGGGUCCCGCCACCCGGGUGGAAGCCUGGCGAUGCGCCUGCAUGCCCCUGUGAUGGUGAGAUAAGGCAACUCAGAGAGGAAUUAUCACUUCUGAAGAGGGAUAUGGACCAUCUGAAUUCACUGAAGCAAUUGGAGAAGGUAGUUAACGAAGCCCAACCUGAACCUGAAAAUGGCGGGAAUACUUGGCAGGAAGAGAUAAGACUUCUGAAGGAAGAGAAGGAAAAAAAGAACAUGGAGAUGGAGGCAAUGAAAGAAGACAAAGGCGUGCAGUACGAAGGAGAUGACACCAUGCAACAUGAUGGAAAUGAGAACAAAGGAGAUGGGGACGCCAACGACGGCAACAGCAAUUCCAAUAUCACUGACAGUAUCAUGAAAGACACAAACAACAACAGCAAUAGCAACAUAAGCAACCUAUCCAUUACAGCCGUCGAUAUAACUAAGAGUAGGAGCGCCACCACGAACAGCAAGAGGGUGGCGGCACGCCGGAGUGGGUUCAGGAUCUGCAAGCCUCAGGGUACGUUCCUGUGGCCGGACAUGUGGAGCAGUACCAGCAGCAGCGCCGCUGAUGGUGGUGCCGGGGUGUGGCGUCCGCCGGGUUCGCAGGUGGUCCCCAACCCCAUGAUGACCACCAUGACGACAGCGACCAUAGAGGAGCAUCUGAUGCUGCUGGGUGGGGUCCCCACUCCUUCGUCGGCCUCUACCGCCACCUCGGCGCCCAGGCUCCUGCUACUGCCUUCUCCGGCGUCCCCAGCCCACACACAUCCUCCAGAGGUCAUGGCGGUCCCCCCGCCUCCUCCUCCACCUCAUCAUCACAACCACCAUUUGCAGAUGCUGCAACAAACGGGCGGCUCCUGCGACAUCUGCCCUUCCGUGGUGUACCGUCACAUGGUGGCACGCAAUGGUGAAAGGGGGCAGCAAGAGCAUUUGCAGUCUGCUUGCCUGCUCCAAACAUGGAAAGAGCAAAAGCGGUGGAGGAAGAAGUGCGUAAUCUGUUCAGCUGGGAGCUACGCACUCAGAAAGCAGGGAACAGCACGUGCCAAUCAGGUACGCCCGCAGGCAGACAACUCAGUGUUGCAGAUUGCGUAUUUAAACGUGUAG